AAACAACACACCAACAGCAGCGACUUUAGUUCUUGCACAUUUUUAUAAAAAUAUACAAGCUAACAAAACGGUGAAACCAUCUCGAUAAAUAUUCGUAGUGUUAGAAAGAACGAUAGCGAAAUACGAGGAGGAACAGUAUCGAACAAAAGAGCAGUGUGUGAAUGUGAGUGUGAAUAUUGUUUGUCUAUCUGUGUUGGCCCUGUGAUGAGGUGGCGACUUGUCCAGGGUGUACCCCGCCUCCCGCCCGAUUGUAGCAGAGAUAGGCUCCAGCGCCCCACCGCGACCCCGAAGGGAAUAAGCCGUAGAAAAUGGAUGGAUGGAUGGAUACUACGCCGUGAACUCUUGGGGUUUUUAGGUGGAUCGAUCCACAUACCCACUGCAACGAUAUCAACGAUAAAGCAGAAGCCAAAUCAACUCGUCUUGCCCUGAAGAUCUUUGGCUUUUUCGGACAUACUUGUGAUUCACCAAUGGAGGCUGCUGCUUGGAGGAGAGCAGCUCUUGUGUUGCUUCUGCUCGCAAGACUGCGACGGAGGGGUAGAAGGAGAACUAGUCGCUACUGGGUCCAUCCAAGGAACCAACACCGGCGUCAACAGGGAGAUUUCUAUCAUCUGGUGGCGGAACUGCGUCUGGACGGUCGACGACAUCGUCGGUACUUUAGAAUGAGUGCCGAGCAGAUGGAUCAGCUUCUUUCCAUGAUUGGCCCGGAAAUCACCAAAGUCAGCACCAACUACCGAGCUGCCAUAGAAGCCAAGCAGAGACUGGCUGUCGCACUGAGGUACUUGGCUACUGGGGACUCCUUAAGCAGCAUCGCCUUGGACUAUCGCCUCGGGCACACCACGGUGAUGAACUCGGUCCACAUGGUGUGUGCCGCCAUAGAAAAGGUGACGAUGAAGACCUUUUUGCCGCGACCCACCGCAGAGAUGUGGAAGGAGGUGGCGCAGCGCUUCUGGCAAAAGUGGAACUUCCCAAAUUGUCUGGGAGCGCUGGACGGCAAACACAUGGUGGUUCAAGCCCCGCCUCGGUCCGGCAGUCGGUAUUUCACCUUCGUGCUUCUGGCACUGGUGGAUGCGGACUACCGGUUCCGGUGUGUUGAGGUGGGAGACUUUGGUGGGGUCUACUCAGGCUCAGAUUUGGGCAUACAGAUGGAGAAGAGCGCCCUUCAUGUUCCUCCUCCACGCUCCCUGCCUGGUGCUGCUCACAUCGGGGACGUUCCUCACCUCAUGGCGGGAGAUACAGCGUUCCCUCUGAAGCCCUACCUGAUGAGACCCUACCCAGGACAGAAGCUCACCCACAAGAAGAGGAUUUUCAACUACCGACUCUCCCGAGCGCGGAGGGUGGCGGGAGACUCCUUUGGCAUUUUGGCAUGCCGUUGGAGGAUUUUGCAGCGGAGGAUAAACCUGCAGCCCCAAAACGUGCAAACGCUGGUGAUGGCGGCGUGCAUCCUGCACAAUUUCCUGCUGGAACCGAAUGAAAACGUGCGGCUCCUGCUGGAGGCGGAGGAAGACGGGAGGCGCAUGGCGCCGGCGAGGAACAUUGGAGGGAACAGAGCGUCGAGGGAAGCCCGCGCGGUUCGAGACAACUUGGCCACGUUCUUCCUCACCCCCGAGGGCAGCGUGGCCUGGCAGGACAAGAUGGUUUGAACUUGAAGUCUUCACCUAGAACAGUGGUUCUUAACCUUGUUGGAGGUACCGAACCCCAGCAGUUUCAUAUGCGCAUUCACCCAACCCUUCUUUAGUGAACAAUACAAUGUUUUUUUUCAAAUUCAAGACAAAGUUAUAUGUUUUUGGUAACACUUUAGUAUGGGGAACAUAUUCUAAGUAACAAAGACUUAAUUUAGAGUUUUUUGGACACUAGGGGAACAUAUUCUAAGUAACAAAGACUUAAUUUAGAGUUAUUUGGACACCAGGGGAACAUAUUCUAAGUAACAAAGACUUAAUUUAGAGUUAUUUGGCCACUAGGGGAACAUAUUCUAAGUAACAAAGACUUCAUUUAGAGUUAUUUAGACACUAGGGGAACAUAUUCUAAGUAACAAAGACUUAAUUUAGAGUUUUUUGGACACUAGCAGAACAUAUACUAAGUAACAAAGACUUAAUUUAGAGUUAUUUGGACACCAGGGGAACAUAUCCUAAGUAACACAGACUUAAUUUAGAGUUAUUUGGUUAGGGUUAGGGUCAGGGUUAGAAGGUUAGGGUUAUAAUAAGGCCAUGCCGAAUAAGGCAUUAAUAAGUACUUAAUAAUGACUAGUUAAGGGCCAAUAUGUUACUAAUUUGCAUGUUAAUAAGCAACUAAUUAAUGGUGAAUAUGUUCCCCAUACUAAAGUGUUACCAUGUUUUUUUACUGGUGCACAAAAUGAAGCGUGCAUGAACAUCACCUUGUUCAAACAACAAAACCAACACAGUGCAUAAACUCACAACAAAUUACACACCUGCAAAUCAGUCAGCUGUUGCCGUAUCCUUAAUACGCCGAUAGGGAGAAUUUUGUAUUUAUACGAUGAGUCGGGUGUGUCUUGACCUCCGCCGAACCCCCGAGCCCGACUCACCGAACCCAUAGGGUUCCAUCGAACCCAGGUUAAGAACCACUGACCUAAACUAAACUGUUAUUUUUAUUGUUUUUCCAGGUGCAGAGUGAACAAUGGCCACUAUGUAAAGGGUUGUGAUUUGUAUUGGAAAUAAACCGGCUUGUCAACUUCUUUUCAGCGCCCCCAAUUUGCAAGUGUGAAACUACCGCGGCCGUUGUCGUGUGAAUAAUCUCUCAGCCGGGCUCGUUGGGCCAAUGUUAAACACACCAUUGAAUUACAAAACCCAAAACCAGUGAAGUUGGCACGUUGUGUAAUUUGUAAAUAAAAACAGAAUACAAUGAUUUGCAAAUCAUUUUCAACUUAUAUUCAAUUGAAUAGACUGCAAAGACAAGAUAUUUCAUGUUCCAACUGGAAAAUUGUUCCUUUUUUGCUAAUAUUAGCUCAUUUGGAAUUUGAUGCCUGCAACAUGUUUCAAAAAAGCUGGCACAAGUGGAAAAAAAGACUGAGAAAGUUGAGGAAUGCUCAUCAAACACCUUGAGACCUCCGAAUUCGGGAGAUGGGGGAAGUGUUGGGGGUGUGGUUGAGGUGCAGUGAAACUUGCCAAGGGACAUGUAACCAAAUAUUAACUUUGCUGUAUGUAUACUUUUGACCUAGCAGAUAUGGUCACAUUUUCAGUAGACCCAUAAUAAAUUCCUAAA